AGUUGUUUUACUAAUAUUUUAACUGUGAAUAUCGUGAGCGUCGGUAAAGUGGCAUUUAAAGUAUUUACUGAGUAUCACGUAAACCAGUCUGCAUUCAUGAAUAUCAUUUUAGUUGGCCUUCUUUUGAUGAUUCGACCGGCACUCAGUAUGAUGAUAACACACUUUAAAUGCCGCGGCGGAGUCUACCCACGGUCGUCAAUUGAAAGGUUCCCGGUACCUGAUGAUAAAGUGAGCUGGGCCGUUGACUACAAGGAAUAUAAACCACGCAAUCAUACUGCACAAUCCAUUCAUGGGAAACCUUGGGCUGAUCCAGAGAUAGGUGAUCCUGAAUUCAAACCAAACUGGAAUCAUUUAGACAAGAAUGUUGAUAGACAAAGUUACACAGGUCAAUACAAAGUAGUAGAUAACUAUCCUCUCAAUCCUAUUGGGAGAACAGGCAUCAGUGGUAGAGGAGUGCUAGGCCGCUGGGGACCGAAUCAUGCUGCCGAUCCAGUGGUCACAAGGUGGAAAAGACUGCAGUCGGGAGAAGUGGAAAUCGACAAGAAUAGCAAUAAGCCAAUACUUCAGUUUGUUGCCAUAAAACGAGGAGACACUGGUGAAUGGGCCUUGCCAGGCGGUAUGGUAGACCCUGGUGAGAAGGUGACCACAACAGCUGUCAGAGAAUUCCGAGAAGAAGCUAUUAACUCCCUUGUUAUGUCACAAGGUGAACUAAAGGCGUGGGAAGCCAAAUUCGAAUCGUUCUUCAGCGACGGCGAAGAAGUGUACAAAGGCUACGUAGAUGACCCGCGCAACACCGACAACGCCUGGAUGGAAACAGCCGCGUACAACUUCCACGACGACGGCGGGCACGUGGUCGGCGCGCUGAACCUGCACGCCGGCGACGACGCCGUCGGCGCGACGUGGGUCGACGCCACCCCGGACCUGAAGCUCUAUGCCAGCCAUAGUAGUAUUGUUAAGGAAGUGCUCGAGCGGAGGCUUAAUGCUUUUUCUCAAGUGUAAGCACGAGGUAGUAAUCUCUC